AUGGGAAAUAAGUGCUGCGCUCCAGUUGAAACUAAAGCCAAUAAAAUCUCAACCGAGAGUCAGCUCCCCCCACCCACCACCAAUACUCAAAUGAUCAAAGAUACCUAAAUGCUGCUGUCUCAGAUUAUUGAUUCACCUGCUCAAAUAGCUGAAUAACAGGUCUAAUCUUCAUCAUAAAUGACAGACCAAUAAAGUUUUCCCGAAAUAAAUAAUACAAAAUCAGUAUAAUUUUCUCCACCAACAACAAAGAAAAAAGAGUAGUUAUCAACUAUGACCUAUCUCAGCCAUGUCAAGAACUAGUCAGCUGAUAUGCACGCAUCAAAUAUACAGAACCAAAACAACUUAGAAAGACUUGAAGUUCCUAAGUUGAAGCCGUCUCCUACUAUUAGAAUAUCAAAGGAAUGGAUGGGUCAGGAGAUUGAUGAUUAAUUAGUUGAGAGUCCUCUUAAUGUUUACAAAAGAGAAAGGACUAUGGGAUCCAUAAAGAGACCUCAAAACAUAGAAUUAAAUAUUAACCUUAUGCUCAACUAAUAAAUGACUAGCAACAGCAACCCUAACACCAAUGGAAGCAGUCAAGUUCAAUAUCGAGAUCAAACAGGAGAAAGCCCAAGUAAAUAAAAUUCAGGUCGUGCAAGCAAAGGAAUUAUGAGAAAGUAGUCUACAAUACAUCAAAUUAAGAAAAGGUUGGAACGUUCAAAGAGAUAAUCAGGGUAGUCUCCUAAUGGAUCAGAGUUCAGUGUAGACUAUUGGAAUAAUAAAAAUAAUAACUCUGAUCUCGUCUCAUAAAACUCAUUGAACUCAUAAAGCGUAUCCAUUUAGAGACAUAAAUAAUAAUAGGCUCUGCUUUUAGAUUAACUAUUGUUAACUAAUUAAUUAACAGGUUAAGGUCAUCUUAAUAAUGGAAAAAGAUUUAGCAACGGGAAUUUAAUUGAUGAGUUGCUUAGUAAUAGUGACCCUGCAAGCAGGGAGAAAAGAUUGCAAUAACUAAAAAAGGGAAUGAAUGCCUAGACAUUAGGUAUCACCCUUAACAAUCUAAGCAUCAUAAAUGCAGCAGCUGCAGCCGCAGGUAACGGAGAUGCAUUUUGGUUUCACUCAAGCACGCCAUAAUUUUAGGCUGAGUCUUUUAUGAGAGGUACAUCUAGGUCGAGCUGUGCGGAUGAGAUAUACAGUGCUGCUAAUUUUGGAAGAUAAGACAAGGACAACGAAGACUUGAUUCAUAAUCUAGUAGAUGAACCUGGUAGUAAUAGCAACAGCAAUGGAAAUAAUAAUGGAAAUAAUCAUUUGCAAAGCACUUUACCAUAGUUUGGGUACUACCAAGGAAAUAUGUAAAAUAUAUAUAAAGUAAUAUUAGUUGAUAGGAUUAAUUUGAAGCCAAUGUCUAUUGGUAGAGAUGAUGAUAUCUAUUCGAAACGUGAUAUAGAGAUAGUUGAAGAUGAUAAUGAGUCUUAGGCUUCUAGUUAAGAUGAUAGAUUAAACAUGCGUAACGUGAAUUUUAGCAGGAAACUUUCUUCUAAAAAGCCUUCCAAGAGAUCAAAGAAGACUACUACAGAUAAGUAGGAAAAAGUAAGCAAAAUCGAUAUUGAGAACGUUGAGAAUGAAAGCAACUAAGAUUCAUUUAAAUCGUCCCUUAGUAUGGAAGAGGAUGAGAAUAUGAAUUCAGACUAGAAACAAGUUAUGAUUAGCGAUACUCAUUCUGCAGAAGUGACUUAGAGAAUGGUGCACAAUGCAUAAAUACACGAACCCCCAAAAUCAAUAUAAUCUUAAAACAAUUCUAGAUUCUAAAGUCGAAAAUAAUCAAUGGCUCGAGACGGAAAGAAGAAUGAGGAGAUUCAUUAAGAAGAUCAAACAGCAAAGCAAAAGGAGGAGCAGAUCAUGUAAUUUGUAAACUAAGUAGCACCUCAGAGUAAGAGAAGCAUUCAAAAAAGAAAAAACAGCAAUUCAACAUUUGAUGCAGAAGAAAUGCAUCAGAAUUAGAGUCAUAACUAGAGCUAGGAAAUUAAUCAGAGCAUUUAGAAGAUAGUUUCACAAGAUUGCUCUCCUGUUUAAAUCAAUCUACCUUAAAUAAACUCCUAAAACUCAGAGUCACCAGUUAUCAAAUCUUAGAUGGUUUAAUCUUUCGGCCAUUAAUAAUCUCUUGCUAUUAAAUUACAUGCCACUUAAUAAAAGAAUCUUAUUUCGAUGAUAAGACAGCAAAAAACUUUAGCCGAUAACAACAACUCGCCUAUAAAACUUCCUAUUAAUAAUUAGAGUUUGGCAAUUUAGCUACACACAACAACACCCCUAGAUGAGAGCAAGUUAAGGCAACAAAACACAAUUAUUUCUAAUCCAAAUCGAACUCUUUCAAAUGAUCAAAAAGGAAUUCUCACACCGUUAAGAUCUUUAUCUAAGAGAAUCAAGGAUGAUGAAAGUUUGGCUAAGAUGAAGAACAUUCUCAAUCAAAGAAAGCAAGAUGAUGCCAUGAAAGAUCUUAAGCUUCACAUAAUCCAGCCAAUCAUAGAGGAAAGGGAAUAAUCACCGAUGAAAGAAGAACUCAAAAGUUCCAUUAAUGAUUAAUAUCCAAAGAUUAGCCUUAGAAUGCAAGCCUCUGAGGAAGAUGAGCUGCUAGAUUUAAGUGAUAUGCUUGGAUAUACUUAGGAAUGUAUAACUCCAAGUGAAUUCACUCCAAUGUCUGCAUUAGAUAAUUAGACUACUUCAGCUGCUUGGUUCAAUCCUGAUGUCUCACUUGAUUAUAGUACGUUACACAUUGAAUAUCUAGCUGAAAAUUAGGAGCCAAAGACUUAGCAUUAGCAGCCCGAAAUUUAGUCAAUUAAGUAAAACGAAACAAAGGAUAGGACCACAUCAAGAUAAUCAAGCAAAGUUAACAACAACCAAGCAAGCAGAUUGAUAAGAAAUUUUAAACAAAACACGUCAUUUGAGUAACAUAGAAAUUUUAAGGUGAGGGAUUUUAAUACGGAUAAUCAUGCUAAAACUCCAAAGGUAAAUCACAAUAUUCAAAGUAUGUUUGAGAACAAAAGAGAUGCUAGACUUUCUAAUUAUCAGGCUAAUAGCAUGUCACUACAUCUACAAGAAAACUCUAUACUUCAGAAGUAAAUAACAAAUGAAUUAACUCGAGAAAAUCUUAAAAAGUUAGAAGGCGAUACAAAGUAAGAUUUAAGCUAAUUCAUUUUUAUUAGUGAUAUGAAAUCAAUGGACGGAACUCCUAAAAGUCAAGUUACUAGAAGUGUCAUAUCAGGAAGAGAUUAAAAAGGCAAAAGGAAGAUCAACUAAUACAUAGUUCUUUCUGAAUUAGGAAGGUAUCUAAGUAACACUAAUAAUCAAUUUAAUAGAGGUUCAUAUGCUGAGGUAUUCUUAUGUGUCAACGAAGAGACUAAGUAAAGGUUUGCCAUGAAAAUCCUAAAUAAAAGAAAGCUUAACAGAAUUUUCAUUUCAAAGACAAGAACAGCUCUUUAAAAUGUUGAGAAGGAAAUCGCAAUCAUGAAAAAACUUGAUCAUCCUAAUGUAGUUCAACUUAUUGAAGUCCUUGACGAUCCAACUCAUGAUAAACUCUAUAUAAUUAUGGAGUAUUUACCUAACGGUACUCUGAUGAAGAAACUUUCUAAGACUAAGAACUCAAAUCUCCAAUUAAUUUGGAAGUAUUUUAGAGAUCUAAUUUUAGGACUGAACUAUCUGCAUGAAUCUGCUGGUGUUAUUCAUCGAGAUAUAAAGCCAGAUAAUUUACUAAUUGACGAACAGGAUAGAUUAAAAAUAUCAGAUUUUGGAGUCAGCUUUCUAAUGGAAAAUGGAAGUGAUGAGAUUACAACAACUGCUGGUUCAAAUUACUAUUUAGCCCCAGAAGUCUGUCAGGGGACAACAUUCAAGGGCAGGAAAAGUGAUAUUUGGGCUGCGGGAAUCACACUUUAUUAGAUGGUCUUCAAGAAAUAUCCAUUUAUUUCAAAUAUGAUACCAGAUUUAUACAAUAAAAUCUAAACCAAAGAAGUGACACUCUUAGAAAUUAUGAAUCAUGACUGGGUCACAAGUAAUGGAAUCUUACCUAUGCCUCGCAUCAUCUAUCCGAAGGUUGAGGUUACAUAGGGUGAUACAGCUAAUCUAUUUAAAAAUGUGUGGAUGAUCUCGAAAAUCAAACUGAAAUUUAGAAAUCAGAUUUAGGCUGCUAGAAAGAAAUAAACUUUUUAGUAGAACAGAGAUGUAAUAUAGAGUAACAAAAUAAAUGAGUGA